CAGUCAGGUGUACAAUUUGUAAAAGCUGUUGCAGUACUAGUGUUUUAUUUAUAAACAUAUUUAAACUUGAAAACAGUGUUAGUGGAUAAAGAUAUACAUUUGCAUCUUUUAGCUGAAAAUUAGCAGUCCAAAAAGUGUGAAACAUUGUAUAAAUCUGACAUUUGGAUAUAAUUUCAAUUUGCAAGCAUGGAAUCUAUACAGCUUGUAGAUUUAUUUCAGUUGGUUAUGAAGAAUGUAUUCUGUACAUGUUGAUGCCCAAAAAAGAAGGAACAAGGAGCUAGGAAGAUUCAUGGCGCAACAGGAAGAUACCAAGUAUAAAAGCAAGUUCCAGCUGACACGCUACAAGAAGGCUUUUAUUAAAAAGGUUGUGAUAGCUUUUGUCGGAACUGUAAUAUUGUGGAAGUUAUGGCAGUAUGUUAGUAGCACAGAAGUUGCUGCAGAAGUUCCGCCGCAGCAAAAAGUAGCGAGAGUUAGUAAAUGGGUGUAUGACGAUCAUCGGCAGGGAUUAACGGAGACGGGACUAAAACAGUUAUUGACGGCUAUUAGUAAUGGGGAGAAAAUUGAUAGUGGCCGAUCUAUACAUGAUCAGGAGCAAGAAACAAUUAAAAAAUUAGAGAAAUUUCCUUUGAAAAAAGUGGAUAAGCCCUAUCAAAGUACUGGAAGUUUGACGUUUAAAGGUGGUAAAUUUUAUCUCGAUGGGAAAGCAUUCCGUAUAUUAAGUGGUGCCAUGCAUUAUUUUAGAGUGAUGCCAGAAUACUGGCAGGACCGUAUGCGGAAAAUGAAAGCAUGUGGCUUAAAUACCUUGGAAACGUAUGUGUCAUGGAAUUUGCAUGAAGAUACUCCUGGUAAUUUUAACUUUGAUGGAAUCUUAAAUAUUAGGAAGUAUAUAGAGCUUGCACACGAAGAAGGUCUGUAUGUAAUCCUACGACCUGGACCUUAUAUCUGCUCAGAAUGGGACUUUGGUGGUUUGCCAGCGUGGUUGUUGAAAGAUCCAAAUAUGAAAGUGCGCAGUAAUUAUCGGCCAUACCAAGAAGCUGUGGAGAGAUUUUUCGGCAAACUUAUACCUAUGGUAUCCGAUUUACAGCAUUCAGAUGGUGGUCCUAUUAUUGCAGUGGCUGUUGAGAAUGAGUAUGGAUCAUACAGCUCUGAAACUGAACAUUUAUUGUUCCUGAAAAAGUUGUUGAUUAAAAAUGGAAUAAAGGAACUGCUGUUUGUUGCUGAUGGUAUUGUUGGCAAGGAGCAGACUGGCUUCAACGUCGCUCCAUUCUAUGAUGAGACAUUACCAACUGUAAACUUUAUGAAGUUCCACCUAGGCAAAGUAUUGAUACAGCAGGUUAAAUCUAUCAGUCCGGACUUCCCCAUUAUGGUGAUGGAAUUCUGGGCCGGAUGGUUUGACCAUUGGGAACACCCACAUGCGUACUCCUUGGCAAAACAUUUAGGAGCAGAUUUACAGAAUAUUUUAGAAUCUGGGGCCUCAGUUAACUUCUACAUGUUUCACGGAGGGACCAACUUCGGUUUCACGGCAGGAGCAAACUGGUUCAACAACUCAUACUACAAACCUGAUGUCACUAGUUAUGAUUAUAUAGCCCCUCUAAGUGAAGCAGGGGACAUCACACCAAAGUAUGAACUCAUCCGAGCCAUCCUGAAGAAGAUGGUGCUUGAACCUGAAGGUAUAAAAGAGUUACCAGACCCACCAAAGAAUUCAGAUAAAGCAGAUUAUGGUCAGAUUUUGGUAGAAAAGUACAUGCCUUUGGAGGAUAUGGUUACAUCGAUAAAGGCAAUAUCCUCAGACAAGCCUGUACCAAUGGAGAUGUUGGAUUUACACAAUGGAUAUGGUCAGAAUUAUGGGUUUAUCUUGUACAGAGCAUAUAUACCUAAAGGAAAGAAACUGACUUUUACUGUACCGGCCGCCGAUAGGGCACAGAUUAUUGUGAAUGGUAUAGAAGUUGGUGUUCUGUAUUGGAAGUCACCAAAGUGGGAAAUCAACAUACCUGAAAAUAUUUUGUCUGCUGAGAAUAUACUGGACAUACUGGUAGAGCAUCAUGGUAGAGUGAACUAUGUUAUGAUGGGUUUCAACAGGUUUAAUGUGGAAAGAAAAGGCUUGUCAGGGGAUGUGAAGUUAGAUGAAAAAGUUGUUACAAACUGGAGAAUAUAUCCAAUGGAGUUUAAGGAAGACUAUGUGAACAGUAUGAUGGACAGUCACAAAUGGAAAACCUUCACAAAUUGGGCAGGCGGAGUUUCCUCAUUGUAUACAGCCACACUUAAGAUAGAUGAAACACCCAGGGAUACUUUCAUCAACAUGAAGGGCUGGACAAAGGGUAAUGUAUUUGUGAAUGGUUUUAACCUGGGAAGGUACUGGAAGGAGGGUCCACAGAGAACACUGUAUGUACCAGCUCCUAAACUCAAACCGGGAAAUAAUCAGAUUGUGAUAUUUGAACUGCACAAAGCCUCCCACUCUGUGAUCUUCCAGGAUGUUCAUUUGUUGAGCUGAUUAUAGUUUUAUAGUACAAUUCUAGUUUUUUCUAAUUUUAUUUGAGGGAUGUUUCAAUGGUAAAAACAGUUCAGUGUUUUAGUAAGCUAAAACAAUGUGUUCUAGGCAUCAAUGUGUUCUAGGCAACAAGGCAGAUAGAUAAUCUCAUGUGUACAGGGGUGGAUCUAUGAGUAUUAGUGGACUAUAGCAAUGUAAGCUAGGAACUGCAAGUAGAGUUACCUCCCUGGAUAUAGCCUCUAUAUUUACAUCACAGGUGUUUGAAGCUCUAUCAAUGAAAUAUAUGUACAGGUUACAUCUCUUGAGGAGAGUAUAUUAGGUGGGUGGGAUAUGGUAAUGCAUAUAUUUAUUGAUAGAGCUUCAAGCGCCUGUGUUUACAUCAUAGCAUUCUUUUCUGAAUGUUAGGGUGAUUGUUUUUUUCUACAGUGUAGAAUGUGAUGAAACCCUGAUUUUUCAAAACUUUAUGAUACUAGUAUACUGAAAAUAUUUGGCAUGUAAAAUAGUGGAGGUCAUAUCCUUUAUUGCUAGACUGAUUUGAAAAAGCUAGAGUCCAUGUUUUGUUCUUUGUUGUACAGAUAAAUGACAUUAUGCCAACACUUUCCGUUUAUCUAUGUGCAGAACUACCUUAAAGUUGAAGAACAAGAAGGUGUGUAAGAAGGGGUGAUUAUAUCAGAAACGAGGAUGAUAGAAAAAGGUUAUUUAAUACUAGUACAUGUACUAUCAAAUCACUUUGCUUCGCGAAUCAAAGCCCUUAAAAUAUGGUACACACUACAUAUUUUCAAGUUAUUGGAGAAAGAGUGUAAGAUAGAAAACAUUUCUUGCAGUAUUUCUUGUUUUAUUCUCUCCUAGGAUAUAUUUCCACAGACUGAGCGUAUCAGAUGACCAAAAGUCUGUCUAAAUUAUUUGAAGUUCAAAGCAGUGCCCAUCUAAACCUAGAAACCCUGGAUGAUAGAAAACCCUCAAAACUGACAUGUCUCUGUGAAAUGAUUUGCUCCUAUUAAGAUGCCAGCUCAAAACUGAAGGCCCUGCCAACCUAAACAUUUUCCUGAUCAUGAGUUGGUUUUCUUGGAGGAGAUGAGGUUUAAUUCCCUGUACUUACCGUAAUACAUCUCUGAAUAUUUUGAAGUUGACAAUACUUGAAAAUAUGAAAUUCAAAAUUGAACUUCUUCAGAUUUGUGCAUAAAAAACUCCAAACAUUUAGAAAUCACUUUUUGGUGGUAAAGAGAAAAUGUGUUUUAUUUUGAAUUAAAGAAUGCAGCAAGCUAUGUGUUAGGUGAGCACUGGUAUAAAACCAUACUUAUAGUGUGUGUGUGUUCAGGUUUACAUCUUUUUCAACAUUUUUUCAGCCAUAAAAACCAUACUUAUAAAGGAACUGUGUCCAUGCUCUUCUGUGACUGAUAGAAAUAAUGAUCUGAUCCUAUUAUUAGAGGUUUUCAUUUUCAGAUGAAUCUUUUGUACAUGCAAAUUGUUAAGAUUGAAUAAGUGCUCAAGGCUGAGAAUAAAGAUAGCAAACACUACCUGAGUGAGAGAGAAAUCUGUUACUCUAUAUUAUUACAUACUCAUUUCUAUUCCCCGUUAAGUCACAAUGGAACCGGCAACGUCUAUGUUUUUCCAUACACUGAUGCCGAAAUUUCAGAACAGGCGUGUGAUAAAAUUCAAAGUGUCUUUGCAUUAAUUCUUUUAUUUAGUAAAGUAUUGUCAGUCUUAUUCAGGCUAUUGAACAAAAUCGUAAUAUCUACAUUACAGUUAUACAUGUAGAUACAUCAUAAUAAAAAGGUUACUAUCUUUGCAUUGGGAAAUAUGCACUUAUUCUUUAGCAGAAGAAUAUCGCGCUCCUAAAGUCAUGCAAUAUUUCCGCUGCAGAACUCGUGCAUAUUUCCCGAUACAAAGCUAAUAACCUAUUAGUUGACCAGGUAAUGUUUUUUAUCAUUAUUCCCAGUAGGGUGUUGAUACAUAUCAAUAAGUUUUUAAUUGUUUUACUGUUGUUUUUUUUUAAGGUUUAUAUGUUAUAUAUUUGUUGUAAAUAUGCUGGAUGUACCUUUAAACAGGUUGUAUAUCUACUAUAUGUUGUAAUUACUUUCUUAAUGUAGGUCUUCCAUUUGGUAGACUUAUAGGAAUAUCUUGAGCCAUUUUGAUGAUGUAAUUUUAUAUUUACUUUUGCUGGUAUUAAGGAGGUAGGUUACCUUGUUACAAGGCUAAAUUCAAAUUAGUUGAACCGCAGCAUCUUUUUGUAUUUCGUGUAAUAUGAAGUUUUAACUGCUUAAAUCUCAGUUUCGUUUGUCUCUGUCCCUUCAAUUUCAAUUUUUAUCCAGGUUUGAAGAACAUGACCCUCCAAAGGUAUUUCAUAUUGAAAGAAGAAGGAAAAUACGGAUAUUUAACACUUUUCAGUGUAUUUUAGUUUCAUUGAUAUCCGUAGAAGUCAGCAUAAUCUAUAAUUUUACUAGUAUGCACGUUAGCUUUCUAAUAUAAGCUUAAAAUGUAUAUGUCGCGGGGCUCGUGUUUCCAUGGUAACGCAUUUUCUCUCAUUUUUAAACAACUAUGUAUGAAAGUAGGGGUUUUCGACGGCUUCAGUGCCAUUCUGUUAAUGACCAAUAUGGAAUAUUUGGAAAAUAUCAUUAGCAAAAUACCAAGCACUAUACAUGGUACCCUAUUUUUCUUAAAGUUUAAAGUAACCAUGGCAACAGAGAUGUUUAAAAUGGCUUAUAUCUUGCUUUUUGUCGUAAUUUCUUAUAAAAUAGUAUUGAAUAAGAUUAUCUUUCUAGUUGAUGUAGCUUUAAAACAUAUUAUUUCUAACAUAAGUUAUAUUUUCGUGUUAUCUGCAUUUAUUCAAACAAAUUUCUAAGCUUAGAAUAUUUACAGCAGUAUCCCCCGUCUGGCAUUUUUCAUGGAAAAAUCGUUCAGCAUGCUACUAUUAUUCUUAUGGAUACUGUUGAAAAGAAAAUAAAAAGCCGAAGCUGUGUUUCUUAAAUAGACUAGUGUCAACGCUUUUGAAUUUUACAUUUAGAUACAUAGGUCACGGGCUUCGUUUCCAUGGUAACAUCAAUUUAAUUAAAGAAACAACAAUUUUCUAGUGAAAUUUGAACAAUUUUAGAUCUUAGUUUUAGUAUAUAAGUAACAAAUUAUCAACGGAACCUGAAAAAUAGGUAUUACAAAUCAAACUGCUAGAUUUUUUAUUUGAAAAUGGCCGUAACAAGUAACCUCUCACCCAACUAUAUUCCAAAUAACAUUGGUUACCAUCAUCCAUUUUCUUACAUUCCGCAUAACAUUUCAAUAUAACUACAUAAAAGAAGCAAAAUAUUGAUUAUUAUUCAGAGCAAAAGACUCAUAAAAAACAUUUCAGCAAAUAAUGGUUAUUUGAAAAUAGUUUGGAAGAAGAAAAUGCACAGAAUUACGUACUUUCAAGAUAAAAGCUAUUAAUUUUGCGCGGUAACUGACACGUAACGUCAUGACGUCAAUGACGUCAUUUUAAGGCAACAUUGUUUUGAAGCGUUUCUGCGGCAAUUUAUUCAUUAUUUCUGCAUAAUUAAACCACAAAGCGUCAGAUCGAAGACAGGUCUAUGAUUUGUUUUCAGAAGAAUGAAUAUUCAAACACAUUUAGUUUGUCGUAAACGUCGUCGUAAAUCGUCACGUUAGCUUCCGGUUGGACAUGCCCACAUACAAAUAUAAAGGUAACCUACCUCCUUAAGAAAAAUGAUGUAAUUUAUGAAUUGGUUGAAUAUUAUUAUGUACAUUUAUAGUUCUAAGUGGGAUCAGUUUGUACCUGAAGUUUGGUUCUAAUGUCUUCUUUGCUUGAAGUUUGAAAUGGGAAUGAUAAUUAUAUAGAAUUGAUGCAUAAGGGUUGAAAGACAAGCCAGGUGCUUGAUUAGUGCUUUCAAGUUGCUUUUUAUAUGUUUUAUGUUUUACAUUCAAUGCAAGAACAAAAAUAUGCCUGACAAGUAUUGGAAGUUUUUCUGUUUAUAAAAUUUACAGGGAAUACUUUGAAACUGAAUUAUAUGUAUUGUUUUAUUAGUUCACCUGUCAGGUAGUUUAUGUUUAUCUUGAUGGUCCCUAUGCCAAGUUUGAAACCGGGUCAUGUGGGGUAAAAAACAAGGUCACUCAUCAAAUCAAAGGAACUUUAUGGCACAGACCUUAUAUAUAUACUGCAUGUAGCAUAUUUAACAGGUGAGCGAUAUAGGGUCAUCAUGACCUUCUUGUUUUCAGACUCCAUUUAUUGUGAUCACCCUUGUUGUCCAUCGGUUAUGAGCAAACAUUUUUAAUGUUAAUACAUUAGAUCCCACAUAAUUUUAGCAAUAUUCUUGAAACUCUGUAUAUACAUGUAGACACAGUCGUAUGCAGAUUACUGCUCUAUUUACAUCCAAGAUGUGGCCUUUUGAUAUAUAUUUUACAUACAUGUAGUUGACACAUUAGAAGACACGGACACAUUUUUUUUGCAGUCUUUAUGAAACUUACAGGUCACAAGAUCUUUAGAUGCCCUUAAUCAAGUGACUAGAUGACUAGGAUGGCCCUUAUUCACUCAUUUGACCUUGACUGUUUCACCUAAAAUAUAUGUCAUUACAAACUGUGUUAUGGAAGGCAACAGUUGUGCUUUUGGUAUUAAACUAAAUGGAUAUGAAAAGUUUUAUUAAGAUCCAUUCAAAAACUUGAUUUCUAAAUGUUUAUGUGUUUCUAUGAUUUGACCUAGUGACCCUAGCAACCUAUUUUGAUUCCCAGAUGAUCCAGUUUCAGACUUAAUCAAGAUUUCAUUACGGUAAACUUUCUGACUAGAUUUCAUGUAAAUCAAGCAGAAAAUAUGGACUGUAGGGUGUUUAUGUGGUUUUUCUGUUAUUUUACCUUCUUACCUACUUUUUAACUGCUGAUAACCCAGUUUCGAAUUUUCCCAUAUUUUUACAUGACAAACAUUCUGACCAAGGUGCAAGCAACAUUAUGAUUGGACCUAACAUUUGUCCUUUAGAGUGUUAACAGAUCAAUUAUGGACACAGAGGACAGACCAUGCAUGAGAACAGCUUGAAUUCAGAUGAGUUAAAUAUUUCACUUUAUAAUGUUGUACUUUAACUUUUACCGCAAGUACUUAGGUGAGUGAUACAGGAACAUCAUGGUUUCUUUGUCAAAAGUUAUAUCGUAGAAUCUCCAAAAUUUUCUACCACAAUGAUAAAUACAAAUUUGAUCAAUCACAGAAGUUAUUAUCUUUAUGAUAUAAUUUAUAGUCUAGCUACGAACUAGACAGCUGUGUUUUCAUUU